GAUCACACGAUGGAAAUUCCUCCAACGGAAGAAUUCAGCCAUUUCAGCCAUGGCCACCCAUUAAUAAAAAUCUCCGAUAUCCUCGAUGAAGAAGAUCAAGUCAUUUGCUCCGGCUGCGAGCACCAUCUCUCUAGCGAACCCGCCUACAUGUGCACAAAAAUAAACUGCAAUUUCAUCCUCCACGACUCUUGUUUCGAUUUGCCUAGGCAAAUUAAACACAAGUCUCACCCGAAACACACAUUAAGUCUCCGAUUUUUUCCUCCGUACAACGACGGGGAAUUCACGUGCGAUGCAUGUGGGAAUUCGGGGAACGCAUUUACUUUUCAUUGUGAUAAAUGUAAGUUUGAUCUUCACGUGGAGUGUGCUUCGUUGCCCGAAAUCGAAGAGAGAGAAGAUCAUCAACAUCCUCUUACGUUGUGUUAUAAUAGUAGUAACUUGUUUGUAGGGAAGGAGGUUGAAGUUGAUGUGAUGUGUUAUGUUUGUAAAAAUGGAGUUGGGAAGAGUUGUUGGUUUUAUUGUUGUUUGGCUUGUAAAUGUGGUGCACAUUUGGAUUGUGUGUCUACUCAAGAAAUUCAAGUUUUAGAUAUUUGAGUAAGUUUGAGAUUUAUUUUUUUUCUCUUAAGAGAAAAAUAAAAUGUUUCUUGUGGAAAUCCAAUAUUGUGUUUGAUGUUAAUUAAUCUGCCGUUUCAA